AUAACCUACUAGGUUGGAACUACAAGUAAAAAAAUGCAUCCAAAGAAAUUCUAACUUGCAACUUUAUCUAACCUAUAAUCAGUUUAGUGAACUUCGUCGAAAGAAAUUCUAACUUGAAACUUCUUCGCUACCUGAAGCUGGAAAGCGUGGUAAUGAUCCAUCUAUCUCAGUACCAGAUGAUUUGUUCGAUAAAGGUCUCGGUCAGUGGAAAUUUUCGUUGAUUAGACGACUUGAUUUUCAAUAACUAAAGAUUGUAGAUGCUGAAAAAAUUAUCAGGAAUCAAUGGAGUUUAUAGGGUUCAUGUCAGAUUAUUCCAAUUGGUAAGGGUUUUUUCACCAUUAAACUUGAUAAUGAUUCUGAUAAAUGUUUUUUUGAAGUCUAGGUCAUGGGAAGUGGAAGAACAAUUUGUUCGCUUAAGGAAUUGGGAACCCAAUUUUCAUCCUGAAAAUCAAAGAGUUUCCACAUCUUUUGUCUGGGUAAGAUUUCCAGGACUAUGUCUGGAAUUUUAGAAAGAAAAAAUUCUUCUUGCAAUUGGUAAAGGUAUUGGUCGCCCAAUUAAGGUAGAUGAAGCUACUUUAAGAUGUGAUUAUGGUUAUUGUGCUAGUAUUAUUAUUAAAGUUGAUUUUGCAAAGCCAAUUCCAGAGAAGUUUUGGAUUGAAACAAAGUUCGGCGAAUUUUUUCAAAAAAAAUUGUGAUACCAAAGGUUCCUAAAUACUGUAUCCAGUGUAUGAUUGUGGGACAUUUAGACUUAGAUUGCAUGGAUUCAAGAGCAGUAGUGGAGAAAAUGGUUGUCAAAGAUGGUACUGGUGUGGAAAGAAAUUUAAAGAAGAAUGGUGACAAAAAUGAAGAGGUUCCUGCUAUUGGUGUGGGCUUCCCUCCAAAUACAUGCCUUACACAAGGUAUGAACGAUUGUGGUCUCGAAGAAGGAGAGAUCUUUACUGAAUUUUCUUGCGAGAAUCAGGAGCUCUUGAAUCAGAAUUUGGUUGCAGCUUCUGACGCUGAUACUAGUACUAGUAAUAGUAAAGGUGUGUGUCUUUUGGUUGCUAAGUGCAAGUCAAUAAGCAAGGAUGCAACAAAUAAGAUGGAAGAUGUUAAUGUCUCUUGCAAGAUUAGUAAGAAGAAGAAAAAGUCUAAUAGCAAGAAAGAAACUUUAACUGCGAAUGAGAUUCAAGAAGGUAUUAAGUUGGAUUCUGAGGUUGAUAGAUGCGCUCAACAGGUUAUGGAAGGAGAAAGUUCCACUUCCAUUGAUCCAUCCAUUCCACCUGGUUUCGAAAAUUAUAAUUAAUUUCAUGGUCUUGAAGAGGAGCGGGUUGCUUCUUCGGAGUUGGUAGUGGAAGACUUGGAGCUUAGCAUUCAAAAACCUUCUUCAUCCGAGCCAACUUUGGUUUUAAACAGAAAAUGAGUCAAAAAUCCAAGGCAACGGGUCUCCUCCCUAAUGGAACUUUGAGUGCAAAUCAGAAACGUGUUCCAAAAUCUCUUGUACCUUGUAUCGAUCUUUCAGCAAACAAGCUGUUAGAUCAUGGUUCUCUGUGGGGUUUAAGCUUCCCAUCUUCGAAAGAAUACCGUCGUCAGAUGUUUUCUGAUGCUGAGAAAAAUCACAGAUUCACAAGGGUUUAACUUUCAAGGAGAUAGAUGAGAUUACUUGAAGUGGUUGGCCUUCUUGUUAAGGUUCGCAGGCUGCAAAUAACGGUCCCGUAUUGGAAGAAAAAACUCCAUUUCAGGAAAUAAUUAAACUUUUCGUGAAAUUGGUCAUCAAUGCAUAUAUAUGUAAUGGAAGGAGGUUACAAAUCUUAAUUCGUCGGAUAUCUAUGGCUAGGGUGAGACUGGAAUGGCUGGUUGCAAUGUUUGUCCCUAAAAAUGUUAUCUGACCAUCCUAAGCUCACAGGUUAUUUUUAUAAAUAAACCUGCUGUAACGACCUUGCCUUGAUCUGAUCUGUGAUAAAUGUAUAAGAAUUUGUUAAAUCUCUUGAAUCUUCUAAAUUACUGGUGGUGCAGUUGCAGAAAAAAAAACUACCACAUGUUUCCUACUCCAUUUGAAGACCAUGUUUGUAGUUUUGAUAACGAUAUAAUUUUUGGUUUCAUUUGGUUAUAGAGAUUUUGAAUAAAUUUUUACUUUCAUUGA